AUGGAUGACACGCUAUCGGUUGAUGCAAAGACAGUCAUCGUACAAGCGAUCAAAGUGUUGACGUUUCUAGUACUGAAUUAUCUCCUUGCAAGUGCAGGCUUCAUUGCAAUUCUCUUUGGUGUCGCGUUUUCGCUUGGCUCAUUGACGCUCUGUUGUUUGGGUGUCGUCCUAUUCCAGGGCCUCUUGUAUCUGGCCCCAGUGCUCAUACGACUCGACAUCGCACUGCAUAACUUUGUCGAGCCUAUGGAAAUCAAAUUGUACGGUCACGUUCCACACUACGGAGAUAGUGGAACUCGAUCAUCACUUGCCGUGCUGCUGUACUUCAGCACGGCAAAAUUAGGUGUCGGUGUGCUCAGUGCCAUGGUCGUGGUCAUUCCACUUUCCAUGCCUAUGCAUGCACUCAUGUCACCUCGUUUUCGAGCUGAAUACUUUUGUGAGAGCUGGUGUCAUCUCACUGUUAUCAUGAUGGUAGCCACUGUCUUGUUGGUCAGUGGGUUCGUCGCCAUGCCACAUGUGGCCAAACUUUCGUGCGUCACGACGCGGCUUUUGUGUCGUGAGGUCUAUUCUUCAAUUUACAUGCACGAUUACGUUCCAUUCGCUCCAGAAGAGUCUUUGACGACGUAUGGCACCAACCAGUUAAUGGAACAAGUUUGA